AUGGAUCUGCGGGUGGGCCAGCGGCCCCCAGUGGAGCCCACCCCAGAGCCCACACUGCUGGCCCUGCAGCACUCGCAGCGUCUGCACCAUCACCUCUUCCUAGCAGGCCUGCAACAGCAGCGCUCGGCGGAGCCCCUGAGGCUCUCCAUGGACACGCCGAUGCCCGAGUUGCAGGUGGGGCAGCAGGAGCAAGAACUGCGACAACUUCUCAAUAAGGAUAAGAGCAAGCGGAGUGCCAUAGCCAGCAGUGUGGUUAAGCAGAAGCUGGCAGAGGUGAUUCUGAAGAAACAGCAGGCAGCUCUAGAGAGAACAGUCCAUCCCAGUAGCCCCAGCAUUCCCUACAGAACUCUCGAGUCUUUGGAGACAGAAGGAGCCACCCGCACCAUGCUUAGCAGUUUCCUGCCUCCUGUUCCCAGCCUGCCUAGUGACCCCCCAGAGCACUUCCCUCUGCGUAAGACAGUCUCUGAGCCCAACCUGAAGCUGCGCUACAAGCCCAAGAAGUCCCUGGAGCGGAGGAAGAAUCCGCUUCUCCGGAAGGAGAGUGCCCCGCCCAGUCUGCGGAGGCGGCCAGCAGAGACCCUUGGGGACUCUUCCCCCAGUAGCAGCAGUACACCCGCGUCAGGGUGCAGCUCCCCCAACGACAGUGAGCACGGCCCCAACCCUGUCCUGGGCUCCGAGGCUGAUGGGGACCGCAGGACUCAUCCCACUCUGGGUCCUCGGGGGCCAGUCCUGGGGAACCCCCAUGCUCCCCUCUUCCUGCCCCCUGGCCUGGAGCCCGAGGUUGGGGGCACCUUGCCCUCACGCCUACAGCCCAUUCUCCUCCUGGACCCCUCAGUCUCUCAUGCUCCGUUGCUGACUGUGCCCGGGCUUGGGCCCCUGCCCUUCCACUUGGCCCAGUCCUUACUGACCACCGAGCGGCUCUCCGGGUCAGGCCUCCACCGGCCACUGAGCCGGACCCGCUCAGAGCCCUUGCCCCCCAGCACCACCGCUCCCCCACCGCUGGGCCCCCUGCAGCCCCGCCUGGAGAGGCUCAAACCUCACGUCCAGCUGAUCAAGAGGCCAGCCAAGCCCAGCGAGAAGCCCCGACUGCGACAGAUACCCUCGGCUGAGGACCUAGAGACAGAUGGCGGGGGUGUGGGGCAGGUGGGGGACGACAGCCUGGAACGCAGCAACUGCCAAGGGCAGCCGGACUCCAGAGGCCCCUUUCCUCUCCAGCAGCACCAGCAGGUGUUCCUCUGGGAGCAACAACAACGACUGGCGGGGCGGCUUCCCCGGGGAGGCCCUGGAGACUCUCUGCUGCUUCCCCUGGCCCAGGGUGGACACCGGCCCCUGUCCAGGGCUCAAUCUUCCCCAGCCGCACCUGCCUCACUGCCAGCCCCAGAGCCUGCUAGCCAGGCUCGUGUCCUUCCCAGCUCUGAGACCCCCGCUAGGACCCUGCCCUUCACCACAGGGCUGGUCUAUGACUCGGUCAUGCUGAAACACCAGUGCUCCUGUGGAGACAAUAGCAGGCACCCGGAGCAUGCUGGCCGUAUCCAGAGCAUCUGGUCCCGGCUGCAGGAGCGGGGGCUCAGGAGCCAGUGUGAGUGUCUCCGGGGCCGGAAGGCCUCCCUGGAGGAGCUGCAGUCAGUCCACUCGGAGAGGCAUGUGCUACUCUAUGGCACCAACCCGCUCAGCCGCCUCAAACUGGACAACGGGAAGCUGGCAGGGCUCCUGGCACAGCGGAUGUUUGUGAUGCUGCCCUGUGGUGGGGUUGGGGUGGACACUGAUACCAUCUGGAAUGAGCUGCACUCCUCCAAUGCAGCCCGCUGGGCCGCAGGCAGCGUCACAGACCUCGCCUUCAAAGUGGCUUCCCGUGAGCUAAAGAAUGGUUUUGCUGUGGUACGCCCCCCAGGACACCAUGCAGACCAUUCCACAGCCAUGGGCUUUUGCUUCUUCAACUCAGUGGCCAUAGCCUGCCGACAGCUGCAACAACAGGGCAAGGCCAGCAAGAUCCUGAUUGUGGACUGGGAUGUUCACCAUGGUAACGGCACUCAGCAGACCUUCUACCAGGACCCCAGUGUGCUCUACAUCUCUCUGCAUCGCCAUGAUGAUGGCAACUUCUUCCCAGGCAGUGGAGCUGCGGAUGAGGUGGGGGCUGGCAGUGGUGAGGGCUUCAACGUCAAUGUGGCCUGGGCCGGAGGUCUGGACCCUCCCAUGGGAGACCCUGAAUACCUGGCUGCCUUUAGGAGAGUUGUGAUGCCCAUCGCCCGAGAGUUCUCUCCUGACCUGGUCCUGGUGUCGGCUGGGUUUGAUGCUGCCGAGGGUCACCUGCCCCCACUGGGUGGCUACCAUGUGUCUGCCAAAUGUUUUGGGUACAUGACACAACAGCUGAUGAACUUGGCAGGAGGUGCAGUGGUGCUGGCCUUGGAGGGUGGCCAUGACCUCACUGCCAUCUGUGAUGCCUCUGAGGCCUGUGUGGCUGCUCUUCUGGGCAAUAAGGUGGAUCCCCUCUCUGAAGAAGGCUGGAAGCAAAAACAACCUCAACGCCAUCCGCUCCCUGGAAGCUGUGAUCCGGGUGCACAGUGA